AUGAACUUCUUUUCUACUUUGCGACCCAUUUCAGCUGAAGGCGAGGAUUCCCUGCUCGAGUGUCGCACGAUGGCACCGACGUUGACGGUUAUGGCACGCUGGUUCCUUGUGCUGAUUAUCGCUAUGGGGCUACGAAGCGUGCUGUCGUACGAUCCAACCGAUCCGGAGAUUGCCAACAUUGUGCCACCGAAGGGAACCUUCGAAGCCUUCUAUCCCCGGGAGAUGUAUGGCGUUAAGAAUGGAAACUCUCGACCGGCUCACGCCCACGGCAGCUUCUACGCCCACCGAAAUCCGGCUUUGGUGGACGUGCGAAAUGCGGCCGCUUACGGGUUCCGCUUCGACGGAAAACGUCGGUUCAAUUUUGACUAG